UGCCAGCUCCUCCCAGAAGAACUGGGCUGGGGGAGCAAGCUGGGGAGGAAGCUGCUCCCCUCUGGGCUCUGAACUUCUGCCAGCCAGAAGCCAGGAACCAGCGGCAGCCCAAGGGUGAGGCCUGCCCUCCGGGCGUCUGACGGAGCUAGCUGUGGGCUCGGGCUCCCAGGCAGAUGGUCAGACGGUCAGGAUGUCGCGGUCCCGCGGGUGGGGCGUGGGUGUGCGGUGAGGGACCAGCGGUGAAGCCUCCGGAACCGACUCUGGGGGUGGCAGAGAAUCAAUACCGCCUUUGUGCUCAGUGGUUCCUAGGGAGAGGAGUGGAGAGUGGGAGUGGCGGACCAACUGACCGCCAGCCUUGCAGACUCAGGAUGCCCUGGGGCUGGGAGGCUGCGGCAAGGGCUUGGGGAGGAGGAAUACCCUUCUGUGAUCCCCGCCUCACCCCCAGAGGUGCGUCUCCUUGGACCUGCCCUGGGGGCUCGCAGGGCAGCAGCCUGGUGUGCCGUGAGUUGGCUCCGGCGUGGGAGCCACUCAGAAAGGAGAGGGAGGAGUAAGAGGAGGCAGGCCUCCGCCGGGAACGCUAAAUUCCGACUUUCCCCACCCCCACCCCCACCCCCACUGCAUGUGGCUUUUGGAGAAAGCCGGCUACAGGCUGGGGCCCCCGGAAUCCAGGCCCCAAUGGGCGCCCUCCAGCCUGCUCCCCAAGCGCCGAGCCCCGGGCCCGCCCGCGCGCGCCUGUCCCAACGUCCUCACUCCCGAUCGCAUUCCGCAGUUCUGCAUCCCGCCGCGGCUCCCGGACGCUGGGGGCCCCGAGCCCCUGGCCGGGCGCAGCCUCCCCGCGGCCUGUUCGCUGCCCCACCUGGCAGGCCGGGAAGGCUGGGCCUUCCUGCCCGAGAGCCCGCACACGCGCCGGCGCGAGUCCCUGUUCCACCCGCUGCCGCCGCCCGCCGCCGCCGCCGCCGCCGCCAGGGGGCUUUCCCCAGCGCACGGCCGGUGGCACGUCUCCGCCCCGGACCUGCGCCUCUGCCGGGCCCCCGACAGCGACACGGCCUCGUCGCCCGAGUCGUCGCCCUUCGGCUCGCCGCGGUCAGGCCCCUGCCGACCCCGGCCGCACUCACUGUCCCCGGAGGAGGCGAGCUCGGCCGACACCAGCCCGCACGCGCCGCGCCGCGCGGGGCCGCCGCUCUUCCACCUGGACUUCCUGUGCUGCCAGUUGCGGCCGACCAAGGAGAGCGUGCUGCGCCUCGGACCCCACGGCGGCCAGCUGCGGCUCUCGGCCGAAUACCAGGCCGGGCCCCGGCGGCUGCGCCUGCGCCUGGUGAGCGCCGAGGGCCUGCUGCAGUCGCGGCCCGGCCCCGGGAGCGGCGGUGGAGGCUGCUGCGUGGUGCUGAGGCUGCGGCCGCGCGUCGGUCCGCGGGGCCAACGGAGCCGCGUGGUCAAAUGCAGCGCCAACCCCAUCUUCAACGAGGACUUCUUCUUCGACGGGCUGGGCCCGCCAGACCUGGCCGCCCGCAGUCUGAGGGCCAAGGUGCUGGACAGGGGCGCAGGCUUCCGCAGAGACGUGCUGCUGGGGGAGUGUGAGGCGCCCCUCAUUGCCCUGCUGCCCCCCUUGGGCGGGGGGCUGGGUCUGGGGACCUCCCCGGCACCUGCCCAUCUCAGCCUGUAGACUGAGAGACUGUCUCUUCCUCAAAGAGAUCUCCUCUAGGUCUGCGUAUUCUUUCUUUUCGUCUGCCCAGCUUGUAUUUAUUUUUGCUAAUAAAAUGUCUGUUUUUAGCAGGAUCUCGCCCCUUGUUGGCAUCCUAAGCUCCGAUCUACAGCCUACUCUUUU